GUUUUUUCCCUCUCCCUCAUCUCCAAUGCCAGCUGACCGCCCACACCUGCUUCCUGUGUACAAUCAACCGGCUCAUUCUCCACACCUGCCAGCCUGCUCUCGCUCCCGCCUUCCACACCUGUCUGCCAUCAUCAUCACCACCAGUAUAUCUACUCCGGCUCUUCACUCCAGUCUUCACCUGAUCGUCGUCGCUACUACCUGGUUCCACUCCGGUCAGCUGGCUCCUGGCUCCCCUCCUGGUCCUCCUCCCUCGGCGCCCCCCUUCACCCAUCCUAUCUGCUGCAACGCGUCAGUCUCCGACCCCCACUGCCUUCUCCUCAGCCACCUACUCCCCGGACUCGCCCUCCUGCCUCUCCCGUUUCGCCAUCCUCCUUCCCUGCCUUCGCUCCCGGCCCCCUCAGGACUCAACCCCGGCAUUCCCUGCACCAUCCAUCUGCCCUCACUGGUUCCCUGGCUCCCAUCCCGGGUCUCGCUCCUCCGUCCUCCCACUCCCUUUCCCCUCUUUCCCCUUUCCCCUUAA